AUGGAAUACGCUGUUUCCAGAGCAUCUCCUGCUAACACGAAGCCCCCAACCCUCGCAUCUGCCGCAUCGUCGAUUCAUAGCACUAAGCAUCCCAACGGCCACUCUACGCCUCCUUAUGUUGAAGAAGAUGAUCCUAGAGGCCAGCUUGUCGAGACUCUUAGGACACAGCUUACCGAUACCCACAACCAACUCGACCUACUAAAUUCCAAGCUCGUCAAGUCUUAUGAUCGCGUCUCGACCCUUGAAGAUUCGCUUGACAAUGCCAACGAUUCACUUAAUGCUGCUCGAGCGCGGAUCAGCGAGUUGGAGGCAGCAAAAGCUUCUCACGAGGCCGCUCUCGAAACUGGAGUGCUCGUAGAGCGUGAACACGUCGCACACGAACUCAGUCGGCUCAUGGAACGGGCGACCGAAGAAGCAGCGCAACGAGGCGUUGCCGAUGCAGCCCGGUCGCGUAUUGAAACGGAACUUGAUGACCUGAGCGCGGAUCUUUUUGCGCGUGCAAACACUAUGGUCGCCGAAGCGCGCAUCGCGCGGGCAGCUAGCGAACGAAAGGUCGAAGAAACGGAAGGUGCACUGAAGAGCGCCGAAGACGCUAUCAAGAGCAUGCAAAUGCAAAUGCAACAGAUGGUAGAAGCACGUCGGGAGGCCGAGAUGAAAGUCGCGGAAAUGCAUGCACGAAUCGGCAAAGGGAAAUGGACCCAGCAAGAUGGACCACUUGAGCUUGAUGGACCCCGAAGGCGACUAUACAACACCCACACUGUAUACCGAGAAUAUGUCGCAUUUAUUUCACAUUUAAGGGGGUUGCGCUCGAACGCUGCAGUCAUACCUCAAUUGUCAUCAUUGACCUCGUUACCUUUUAUUGCACGGCUAAUAGUCGAGGACUGUGACCCAACUUUGCGCCUCGACUUGGCUCCAGCGCUAAACUGGCUGACCCGGCGUGCUGUCCAUGGCGCUAUACUACAAGGCCAGCUGGAGAUUGAGCCAGUAUACGGUCUACAGGAGGCUGAAUGCGCAAUGUGUGGGUCACACCCAAAUGGUUCGCUUCCCAGCUCUGCGACAACCAGCCCCACGACCGCAACGCACGCGCUCUCACCAAAAUCCCACACUCCUAAUGGCUCGGGAUCGAUGGUGGCUUGGGCCUCCUCAACCAGCAAAUAUUUCAAAGGUACACUGGCUUCCCCUGGCACCUCUCCUCAAGCCCAUACGAAUGGUGUUACACAAUCGCCUGUCCAGCGAAUCAUCGCGGACCCUCAAGCUCCUCCUAUUUACGUCUUCCGGAUUGCUGGAGCCCAGGCGGGCACGGGAGCAGCUCCUCACGUAUUAUGUGCUGGAGGAUGGUGCCUUGCCAGAUUACGCGCAACCUGUGAGCUCUGCGCAUUCUUAAAACGGGGUGUGAUCGAGAAGGUAUGGUCGGAGCCUCCGCAACCGUUGCAUCAAGGUCCAAUUUCUUCCGGCAUCCGUACUCAGCAAGGUGUAUUAGGCUCCGUGGUCAAUGCAUUCUCUGGGGACAAAGAUCCCAAAGAUAUCACACCUCCCGCUCAACCACGGCAAAGACAAUUAAGCCAGCUGGGCAGCCUUUGGGAAAAGGGACUUGGGGCAUUUGGGGGGAGUCGCACGGGAAGUAGGAGUGGGACGCCUGGACCGGAAGAAGAAAAAGAAACACCUCCUCCGCAACUGCCAAGAAGGCUACCUCCUCUGCCAGCCCCUGUGCCGGUAGACACUAAACUUUCUAUCGUUCCUCCUGCCCCACCGCCGCCACCGCCGCCUAGAGCCCGUCCAGUCCCUCCCGUUCCUUCUAAACCCGAAGGUCAAGAAACUCAUACAGAUGAUCACGAGCACCAAGAACCUAUUCAGCAUGCGAUGGUCUUUGAUGCAGCUGCUGAUGAGCAUGGUCAUCACGCUCUUUCGCCAACGGCAGACAAGCGACAUUCAAUUCCUAUUACCCUUCACCAACCAUUGCGCCCGAUUUCCUCGCCCAAAUCACCUACCGAUACAUUGGCGACACUCCCGGAGACGGUAGCAUCUGAGGCCCCUCCUACAUCAGACCAUCUCCCUAGCCCCUCCGCCACUGUUCCUGAAACUCAACAUCUGGCACCCGGAGGAGAAAAAGAGGUUGAGGAGCCCGACACGCCGCGCCCACCCGUGAUCAGCCGUCCACCACGUGUCCGUCCCAUCGCCCAUGAAGAAAUCUUACAUCGGCCCAUGUCCCCCAACGGUAUCCCCCUUCCCGACUCCCGCCCCGGGACGCCGGCCAUGAGUGGUAGGAACGUCUCUCCUUCGCGAGUAAGGACACCCUCGCCUACCCGAUUCCGUGCCGUCUCGCCUAGUAUCGCUUCUCCUUCGUCUCGAAUCCGAGCUGGAAGUAUACGCCGGGAUAUAGAGUCGGUCCGUGCGUCUUCUCCCGUUCCGUCAUCUCCGGCGGGAAGCGGGCCGCCCAAAAUCCCCAGGAGGGCACCCAGGCGGGCCGCCCCCGUGCCGCCUGGUACUCCAUCGAAGACCGAGCGAAAGGUCCACGAGAGCGAAAGGCCGGUAGAGACUGAGAAGAAGCCCGAGGAACCUGCGAAGGAGCCAGAAGUUGCUGAGUCAACUGUGGAGUCCACGCCUGAAGUCGGGGAGGUCAAGCCAGUAGUCGAAGAGAACAAGAUAGAGGAGGAAGAGAAGUUGAAGGCUGAGGAGCGGGCCGCCCCACGCCCACCGCCCCGCCGUGCCGUGCCUCCCCCUCCGGGCCCGCCUCUGCCUCCCCGUGCGAGGCCGCCACAGCCAGUGGAGCACCACGAAGAGGUGAAGGAAUCGGAAGCUACGAAUACUGAGGUGAAAGCUCCCGAAGAGAGGAAACCUAGCGAAACGAAAUCGAUUGCUGAGAGUAGAGUUCACGAGUCCGCAUCUGAGCACUCCAUAUAUACCGAUGGCGCUCACAGCACAAAAGAAAGCGGCCCUGCUAUUACGACGCUUGUCACCUCGGCCACAAACGAUAGUAUUUCUCACAUAACCUCCAUUCCGAACACUAUCGAUGACGAAGUGGGUAGCAAGCGUUCAACAGAAGUAGGUGCUCACUUCGUAGGCGAUGACUCUUGGGAGGAUCGGGCGUAUAGAGAGAUCGCAAAGCUGAGAGAAGAUAUGCUCUGGGCGAGGAUCGGAAGCGCAUGGUGA